AUCUUUUCAGUGGAUAACGGCAUUUCAGAUUUUGGCUUGACCACUACAUCUGGAUAGUUAGAAUGAUUUAUGUCUACUUCCAUCCAAAUGUUGAGAAAUGGAUGGAAAAAUUGGAAGAAUGUGAAAUCAAGAGAAAAGUAACAAUCAAAACCAUCAUUAUGUCAGUUUCUUUAUUUUUUGAAAAAGCACUUAAUCAAAUUAAAGACGAUUCCAAAUCAAAUCCUGAUGCAACCCCUCAGUGUUGUAGAUGUUGCAUCUUCCUUAGUACAUGGAAGAAGUGCAGUAGCUGCUAAAGCCUCAUCAAGUGAUAAAACUGCUGCCAUAUUAUCUAUGCAUGUGGCUGGUGACAGGGCACCAGUGAAUACAUAAACUGAAGGAGUUGA